UCUUCAAAUUUAUUUCCGUCAUUUCUUUUAGCAUCUCACAAGAUAUCAACUAACUUCAGGAUAUCAUAAUAAAAAAUAAAAACGUUUUUUUUUACACCACAACGUUCAGGACAAGCAUGUUCAUGUCACCAUGAAACCCACAGAAAAGGUAUUUAUUUCUGUCUCACUAUUUCUUUUGUUCUACCUGCUCUUGUGUCCUCGUCCUCUCCACCUGUGCCUCUAAGCGCAUUCAUGUGGAUGUCACUUGGUCUGUAAAGAGGGCCACAGCGGUCCGACCUACGAGUCAAUGCAGAGGGUGUUUGACCACAUCGCCUUCCGACCCGUGGUUAACCUGAGCCACCCCACCUUGGCAAACCUCUCCUUCACCCUGUAUGCUGUCCUGGGGGUGAACGAGAAGACCCAGAUCCUCACCACCUUCCUGUGGUUGAGGCUGUACUGGCAUCAUGAGUUCCUGGUUUGGGAACCUGAGGAUUGUGGCGGUGUGACCAGGAUUUCACUUCCUGUCCAAGACCUCUGGAUGCCUGACAUCAUCGUAUAUGAGUUUGUGGAUGAUGACGUGUCUCAGCACUGUCCCUAUGUGUAUGUCAACCACACGGGCCACAUUCGCUACGACAGGAUGCUGCGUCUCGUCAGCGCCUGCAACCUGGAGAUCUUCAGCUUCCCCUUCGAUGUGCAGAACUGCACACUGACCUUUGGCUCCUACAUGCACACAGUUAGGGAUGUGCGUUUGAGCCCCGCCCUGUCCUUUGAGGAGAUGUCGGUGAACUCCAAACAGUACCUGGAGACCAGCGGGGAGUGGGAGCUGGUCAACCUCUAUGGACAGGCGUCUGUCCUCAAAUUCGGCAUCGACGAAUGGGACAUCAUCACUUUCUGGGUGGUGAUAAAGCGCCGGCCAAUGCUGUACGUCGUCAACCUCCUCAUCCCCAGCUCCUUCCUCAUGCUGAUCGACAUCCUGUCUUUCUACCUGCCCCCGCACAGCGUGGACCGCGCCUCCUUCAAGAUGACUCUGAUUUUGGGCUACACCGUCUUCCUGCUCAUCAUGAACGACCUGCUGCCCAGCACAGCCAACGGCACACCGCUCAUAGGCAUCUACUUCUCGGUGUGUCUAGCUCUCAUGGUUAUCAGCCUGUUGGAGACGGUCAUCAUCACCAACGUUCUCCACCAGAACUCCAUGAAGUACCGCGAGGUGCCCAGCUGGGUGCGCGUGGUCAUCCUCAAAUACAUUGCGCGUAUGAUCUGCUACAAGCGGCCCGACGAGACGGCUCAACCCUCAGCCUCCAUGGCAUCCGGCCAGGAGCACAAGGCGGCCAGACCAGACCCCGUAUGUCCUUCCUGGGUGGUCGCUCCGGGCACCCCCGUGCACGCUCCGGUAUCGCACACUACCAGCAAUAAUGGCGCGGUGGCCGCGUGCCAGGUGCCUUCGGUGCCCGAGCUGCGUCAGAUCUGCCUGCACCUGAGUGACCUGCGAGCCCACCUGCUCUCUCAGCAGAAGGAAGACGUGCUCCUGGAGCAGUGGUGUCACGUGGGUUACAUCCUGGACAUCCUGCUGUUUCGCAUCUACCUGAUCAUCAUAUCUUGCUAUGCCAUGGUCAUCGUCUGCAUGUGGUGCAUAUGGAUCAAACAGUGACAGGCAAAUGCACCCAGAGGAAAAGGAAAGAAAUCGGGGCGGAAAAUACAUCCUUUAACUUCAUCUAACAAAUUUCUAUUUAACAUACAUUGCUCCAAAAAAAUGUGGGAACACGUAAAUCACGCAGCGGGUCUCGAUGAACAAAAUAUAUUAAAGAUCAGAAUCUUUUACUGUACAUUGUGUAACUCAUUGAGAACAAAAUGACCUAACAACGGUCGUCUGUUUCUGACUGUUAGGUAAGAAACAUGCACACCAGUAGCCCACUGGAGGUCAUUUUGUAGGGGUCAGGCAGUGCU